CAGAACCAGAGAGAGAGAAAGAGAGAGAGAGAGAAGCCUCCUCCUCCUCCUUUCCUGGCAGUUUCCUUGUUUUCAAGCCCUGAAUUCUUUUCUUCCCCCCCUUCUUCCCUCCUUUUCUUCCCCCCCCCACCUUUUUCUUCCUUUUUUGGGGAGAUCCAAGAACUCUUGCAGCACAAGGAGGACUUUUCCAGAGGCCAGAGCCUUCUGCAGAAGUGACUGAUGUAUUUUGCUGAGAUACAGUGGGCCCUUCUGGACCCAUGCCAGAGACCUGUCUACAGGGACAUUGUGCAGGACAAUUAUGGGACUCUACUCUCACUAGAUGGAGGAACCAUGAACCCCAACCCCCAACCUGGAGGCACUGAAGCCACACAGACUCAGAAGCAGGUCCCAGGACGGUCCGACGGGUCUGUAUACCCUGGCCAGGGUCAAGCUGGGCAGCAAGGGGAGGAUGCAGGAAAAGCAUGGGCCAAGCCACCUCUUCUUCCUCCAGUGCCAAAAGACAACCCCCCUAUCCCACCCCGGGUAUAUAUGGGGCCUGGUCCCAGCUUGUGUGUCCAAUGUGGGGAGAGCCUUGCCCAGGCUCAGCAUGGCCUCGCCCAGCCCCAGAGAGCCCCCCGCUCUGUCGAUAAGCUUUACCCAUGCUCUGACUGUGGGAAAAGCUUUGGCGUGAGCUCCCAUCUUACGAUUCAUCGCAGAAUCCACACAGGAGAGAAACCAUACGAGUGCAACGAGUGUGGGAAGAGGUUCAGCCAAAGCUCAACCCUGGUGCUCCAUCGCCGGAUCCACACUGGGGAGAAGCCCUACAAGUGCACCGAUUGUGGGAAGUGCUUCUCUGUGAGUUCCCACCUGACCAAGCACCAGAGAGUCCACACAGGCGAAAAGCCUUAUGAGUGCCAAGCAUGUGGGAAAAGGUUCAGCCAGAGUUCUACUCUUAUCCUCCACCAGAGAAUCCAUACAGGGGAGAGGCCUUAUAAAUGUGAUGAGUGUGGGAAAACCUUCAGUGUCAGCUCCCACCUUACCAUCCACCAGAGGAUCCACACAGGGGAGAAACCAUAUCGCUGCAUGGAAUGUGGAAAAUGCUUCCGACAGAGGUCUGGUCUCGGCACACACAUGAAAACUCACAUGAUUCUUGUAAGGCCUUUCAAGUGCCCACCUUAAAAGACCAGACCCCAAACCAGCUUUCCAGUUCAUGUCAAAUCUUUGUCUCAUGAUUGAAAACAACAAUAGGACAGAGACUGAUCACACACCAAAGUCUCUCCACUUGGAAAUACAGAAAUCAUCAAACUGGAAAAAUCCAGAUUUUUUAAAAAUGUAAAACAAGAACAAAAAAGACUUAUAGAGACUUGCAUACUUUGCCUUAAUUUGCAUGCUUUAUUGUAGAUCCACUUCUGGGGAAGUGUGGAAUCUUUGUUCAACACUUUUAUGGUUGCAGUUUAGCAGAUGAGAGUGAGGAUUCUUGGGACAGUAGCAAUCAAUAGGCACAUGGGAGCUGAGGGCUACAUACCCUAAAACAAUGGCGAUUUUUUUUUAAAGUUACUUAUUGAGCCUGCCUUGAAGAUAACAUCCUAUGGAACUGGAAGCCCUUUCUUGUUAAAAGGCUUUGAUAAGCCAAGCUUUGGAUCACAGUUGGUCAGCCUUUUGCCUACAGCUUUAACUCAGUGAAAGGGCUGCAUCUGGAGAGGAGAAUCACAUUGGCUGUCUGUUCUUUCAAAGAUUUGACAGCCUUAUAUGAAGUUCUGGAUGCUAUUCAUUGGGUGGAUCCUGUGAAGGUUCCACCCCUCACUGCAAUACAUAGUUUGGACCUUUCAGAGGUAACUGUUUGUGGCAUAUCCAGAGGUAGCAGUGUUGGCCAUAUAGUAAAGUACAGUGGGCCCUUACCUUACUUGGGGGAUCCGUUAUGGACCCUCUUUGUAAGGUAAAAAGUGCGUAUGCUCGAGCCCCAUUAAAUAUAAUGGGGCUUAUGCUCGCAGCACAACAGAGUGCACGUUCCAUGGGCACGCGUGCCACUCAUUCUUUUGCCAUGCGGCUUCAGCGUAAGCUGAAAGCCGCAUAUAGUGUGCCUGCGUAUGGUGUGGGUGCACUGUACAAUAACAGCUACAAUCUACAAAACAGUGAUACCUUUAUUGGAUCAACCAAAAUAUUCUAUGCAUUUUGGUUAGUCCGAUAAAGGUAUCAUGUUUGGUGGAUCUUGGAUAUUACUGUAUUUGUGGCAUGAGAUCCAGGCAUGUUCUGUCAAGGAACCACUUCUGUGUCAGAGGGGUGCAUUUCCCAAGCAAUCGCAUUACAAUAUAGUGUUCCCAGGAAUAGUGCCAUUGUUUCUCCAGCUAGCAAUCUGGACAGCUGUCUGAAGGGCAAGUUUGUCCAUCAUAAUGUAUGCCACAAGCACUGACUGGAUAGUGCCUGCAACAUCAUGGGUGGAUGUUGUUUUACUUGCCAUCCUUUUCCUUUCCAACAAGUGCAGAAACAUUCUUGUAACAAAGUCAAAGACGACAGCACGAUGGGGAAAGAAAAAGGUUGCAAAUACCAGCAAGGCUAGUCUUCUUCACAGCAAAGCUCUGCCAUUUUGUAAACACGUUCUUUUGCUCUGUUGCUGCGUACGUCAUGGUUGUUUUAAAAAUAGUUUUAUUGUACUUGUUCAUUAUUUUCUGUGUUGUAUGCUUGUAAGCCUCAUCAGUGAGGGAAGGGGAACCAGAAGGUUUGACUAGGAACUGAGAUAGAGGUACAAAUAAGGGUAAAUCAAACUUGUUGUCUGAACUGUGUUUAUUUCCCAUGCCUAAGAUCUAGAGCUUGGGAAAAUCCCUAUUUUGGACAAUAGGUGUCCAAAGGUGUCCAAAACAUCCCCUCCUACCAGUAUUCUGAGAGGUAUUGUACAGCAAAAAAUAAACUGCCUGCUUUUGGCUGAAACACACACGUCAUGUGUGUGGUGCUUUUAAAAAUUAGCAAGUGAGGGAAAUCCCAAAGCAGCAGACUGGGAUAUAGCAUUAUAUCUCCCAUCCUUUUCUUCCAUUGGGCCCUUUGCCCAUCUGUCCCAGGCAUCUGCAUCUGAUACCUGAAGUGCAACUUGACUUUGACUUCAGUUAAAGUAAGGGACAGCUGGACAAAAUAAGAGAUGGCCAUGGACAAAAUCUCUUGGAAAGAAGGGAAUCCCUUUAAUUCCUUUAUUUUCCUUUUAAGGUGGUAAACUGGGUCUCCCAGUCAAUUUUGGGAAGCGUAUCUUCUUCCCCUUCAUCUUUAUGUGUGGGUAGCAUGUUAGUAUUACUGUUGUUGGAUCAGAGCCAGGGCUUGGGCAAAGUUACUUUUUUGGACUACAGUUUCCAAUAUUCCCCCAACCAGUCUGGCUUGUGGUCAUGCUUGCUAGGGGAUUGUGGUCACUGUAGUAACAAACACUAAUUUUUCUAAGCUAGCAAAACUAUAGCACUAAAUAGAAAAUCCAUUUUUCUUUAGUUUUCAGUUGUUCAGAUGCCAUUAGAUAGUUGAACCCCACCCCUUGCAGUUACAAGAAAGUUGUAAUUUUAGAUGGCUCUUCCUUUCCAUUUGUAAUUUCUCUUAUCAGCAGUCAUUUAUAUUUCUUCACUUACAAAUCCCGCACUAACAUCUCACUUCGUAAUCACCAUGGCUUCAUUCAAAGUGUAUUAAAAUUCAAAGAACUGCA